CUGGUCAUAUAAGAUAUAAAAAUUUUAAUCAAAAACAAACGCAAAAACAUCAUCCAUUCCUAACGAAUAAAAAGUCCCACAAAUAAGAAGCUGCAAAAAUUAUGAAUUACUUUGUAAUUAAUCAUUGUGGUAAAAAUCAAUAUGAGGGACCUCAUAAAAUUCGAACCAAAUCAACAUUACAUCCCAUUUUUAGUUUAAUUUUAUUGGGGUUUUGUAUGAUUAUUUUAAUAUUAUCAGUAUGGAAUUUUAAUAUUAUAAUAAACCAAACAGUUAAUACCCAUAUACUUUAUUUAAGUUCAAGACAUUCACCUUUACAUACAGUCUCAAAUAAAUUCUUAUCAUUUGGACUUGAUACAUCAUUACUUCGUGAUAUGAAAAGUCUUCCAAUCAAAAAUAGCAAAUUUAUAAAUUUAGCUCGACAUCUAGCACCCGCUUAUGUUCGAAUAGGCGGGACUUCUGCGGACUGUUUAUAUUUCAAUCAGACAACACGAAUAAUUUUCGAAAAACAAAUUAGUCCGAUAGACGGCCAAGAUAUAAGUAAUUUUACAAUUAACGAAAUAGAUUUUGAAAAUUUAUAUAACUUCACAGUAGAAUCAAAAUUGCGAAUGAUAUUCGAUUUAAAUCUAUUAUUUAGAACUGUAAAUGGUUCCUGGAAUGAUAUUAAUGCUAAAAAUAUAAUUUCGUUCGCCAAAAAUAAAAACAUGAAAUUGGACUGGCAACUAGGAAAUGAACCAAAUUCCUUCCAUCAUGUAUUUAAUAUAACUAUUACUGCAACACAGGUUGCAGAUGAUUAUUAUCAAUUGAGACAAUUGUUAAAUGAUAUAGGAUAUAACAGAAGCCUUCUUGUGGGUCCAGAAAUAAAUCAUGUAGGAGUUAUCAAUGACAAAGGAGAGCAGUAUGCAAAAUCAUUUUUAGAAAAUGAUAAAAAUAGUAUUAAUUAUUUUUCUUGGCAUCAAUAUUACCUUAAUGGGAGAGAUGCUCAAUUAACUGAUUUUAUAAAUAUUUCAACUUUUAAUUAUUUGCCAAUGCAAAUUAAAUCUAUGCAAGAAGUAAUUCAGUCAUCAGGAAGAUCUAUUUCUAUGUGGUUAUCAGAAACAAGUACAGCUUAUGGUGGAGGUGCACCAAAACUAUCAGAUAGAUUUGUGGCUGGAUUUUUAUGGCUUGAUAAAUUGGGAUAUGCUGCCAGUGUAGGAUUAAAUGUUGUUUCUAGGCAAACAUUAUUUGGUGGGAACUAUGCUAUGAUUGGAGAUGAUCUUAUGCCAAAUCCUGACUGGUGGGUUAGUGUCAUUUACAAGCAACUUGUUUCAGAAAAAGUUUUACAAUUAUCACCAAUAAAUAUUGAUUAUAUACGAUUUUAUGCACAUUGUACUCCUGAGAAUGCAUGGAUUAAUGGAGUUUCAGCAAUUACAAUAUUUGGGAUUAAUUUAAAUAAAAUCCCUAUUUAUAUCUCUGUUAAAGAAAUCCCUGUAUUUCAUAAAAAUGCUAAAGUAUUUUUAUAUGCACUUACUUCUGAUAAUCUACAGUCAAGAACCAUCAAAAUAAAUGGAGAAAUAUUGAAAUUGCAAUCUAAUGGAAAUUUACCACCAUUUCGACCUAUAAUAUUAGAAUUAUCACAAUCAAUUACUUUACCACCUUAUUCCAUGGUAUUCAUUGUAAUACAUGAUACAAAGAUUCCAGCAUGUUAUAUGUAA